UUAAGUUAAUAAAUAACAACAAACACCGGCUAAAAUACAAAUAAGUGUAGAAGACACUCAGCAGCACCGAGACCCAGACUGAGCCCUGGACUUGAUUACAAAAUGAAGAGGCUUGUGGUUUUAUUCUCCUUGUUUUUCCUCGCCGUUACCGAAAGACAAGAUCUUUUAGGUAAAAUGUUGACCUUUCCUGCGGAGUCCAAUCGGAGUCAUGUGGUUCUCACUCCUCAGCUGGAGAAAGAGACGAAUCUCACGGCUAUUACUGUGUGUCUGCGUGCCUUCUCCGACCAAUCCCAAGGCCAGAGCCUUUUUUCUCUCGCACUCCCAGAUUGUUUUAAUGCCUUUUUCAUUUUUAAGCCCAAACAAGGAGUGUACCGUUUACAUGUGUCAGAUUCAUCUCUGGAGUUUUGGGGCAUGCAGGAUGAACUCAAUGCCUGGAAUUCAAUCUGCACUACCUGGGACGGGAAAACCGGACUCAGUCAGCUGUGGGUCAACGGAAACCCGAGCACACGGAAAGGAUUCUCUCGCUUAGGCUCUUUAAGUGGAACUCCAAGCAUCAUUUUGGGUCAAGAUCAAGAUUCUUAUGGUGGAGGAUUUGAAGCUAAACAGUCUUUUGUGGGCAUGCUGACCGAUGUUCACAUGUGGAGCUCUGUUCUGUCUCCUAGCGAGAUUUCGCAGUAUAUGCAUGACCGGUGGUAUCAGAGUGGAAAUGUUGUUAACUGGGAUUCCUUGGCAUUCAGUAAAAUUGGGUAUGUGGUUACUGAAAAUGUAAAAACUACUCAAAAACUCACAAUUCUUUAGAUUCUUUUAGAUCCUGAAACAAGGAAUGAAUACAGAUCUGUUGUGUCAUGUAACAUCCAUGAAGUGAUAAUGUAAUGAUAUUUUACCAACUGUGAAAAUAAUCACGUGGAAAAAUAAAAACCUGCUUCUUAUGA